AUGGACAUGGACAUGGGCGGCAUGGACCACGAUAUGGGAGGGAGCUGUCAGAUAUCAAUGCUCUGGAACUGGAACACCAUCGACGCAUGCUUCCUCUCCUCCUCCUGGCACAUCACAUCAAAAGGCAUGUUCGCAGGCUCCUGCAUCGGCGUCAUCGUACUCGUCAUGGCCCUCGAGUUUCUCCGCCGACUAGGUCGCGAAUACGACGCCUUCAUCAUCAACCGCGCAAGACUCCGCGCGAAAUACCUCGAUCUUGACCCCGCCACACUCACAAGUACAAAGCCAGGUGCUGGACCUGCGGAGGAAACGUGCUGUUCAUCCAGCUCCAACAACAAUGAUAACGAUAACGAUAACGAUGCUGGACCUUCGAAAACCCCAGCACCAGUAUCAGUACCAACAUCAGCACUAGCAACAGGUUUCAAAGGAGGAAGAGGAGAAGGGAAGAGAGGCAUCCGCCCCACGCCCAUCGAACAGACGAUCCGGGCCCUGUUGCAUAUGGUGCAGUUCGCGGUGGCCUACUUCGUGAUGCUGCUGGCGAUGUAUUUCAACGGGUACAUCAUCAUAUGUAUUUUCAUCGGGGCGUUUCUGGGGGCGAUGAUGUUUUCGUGGGAGGAGAUUGGGGGGAAUGGGUUUGAGAAUGAUGCGACGGCGGUGACGAAGUGUUGUGGGUGA